CAAACAGUUGAAAUAUGUUGUCCUGCGGAAUCAGUUGCCGCAGCAUCUGGAGAAUCGGGAGUGUCGUGCCUAUUUAGCUUCUAGGAGUCUGCACUUGCAUCGUGAGUUUCGCAUUGCAUUGGUUGCGGCAUUUUUAUACAGUGUUUUUGGAGGAGGAAGUGUGGGUUUUUUCGGGAUAAUUUGGAUGUGAAUCUGCAGAUCGGAGGGUGUUCUUGGCGUUGGAUCAAGGUGGGAAUUGAAGUAGCGAGAGAGAGAGAGAGAGAGAGAGAGAGAUGAUUUUACUUACGAACAUUGGCCAAGCGGAGGUGGCUUUAGGGAGAUCGUUGACGUACUGGGAAGGAUUGUGGUGGGAAGGGACUCACAAUGUGAGUGACUAUUACUUGUACUGUUUGAACAUCAUCUUUUUGUUUACCAUCUUCACGAUCGCGCCGUUGCCCUACGUGCUGCUGGAUGUGUGGAAGGUGAAGAGUGCGGAGAAGUACAAGGUGCAGCCUGGAGUGCAUAAUGCGCCAUCAGCAACAUGGCGGUGUUACAAGGUUGUGAUGUGGACAUUCUUCACGGUGGUUGGGCCUUUGCAGCUGUGCUCGUUUCCUGCGGUGAGGUCUAUAGGAAUUCGGUUUGGUGUGCCGUUGCCGUCUGUCGGAGAGGUAUGCAUGCAGCUUGUUCUGUAUACCAUGGUGGAAGAUUACGGCAACUACUGGUUGCACCGUUGGUUGCAUAAUGGUUGGUGGUACGAUAAGAUACAUAGUGUACACCAUGAAUUUGCGACUCCGAUGAGCUUUGCCGCGCCGUAUGCACACUGGGCGGAGGUUAUGAUUUUAGGAGUGCCGACUUUCGUGGGUCCUGCGAUGGCGCCUGGUCAUAUCAUCACCUUCUGGCUUUGGAUUGCGAUACGUCAGUUGGAGGCCAUUGAGACUCAUAGCGGAUACGAUUUUCCUUGGAAUCCUACACGCCUGAUUCCUUUCUAUGGAGGGGCAGAGUAUCACGAUUACCACCACUUUGUUGGAGCGAAGUGCUCGAGCAACUUUGCCUCGGUGUUCACAUAUUGCGAUUGGAUCUAUGGUACCGAUAAGGGAUACCGCUACAUGAAGGAGAUGCACAAGCGGGGGCUGGUCGCGAAGGGCCAAGCACAAGAACAGAACGGAAAUGGAUGGCUUCAGAAGAAUGACCUGAAAGGCCUCCCUGCCUCCUUAUCUGAGGGUAUCAGAGCGUCAUAAUGCCUCCAUUUUUCAUGAUACUUUCGAUGUCUCCGUCGAUUUUUCGGCUGCAAUCCCUUUCACGCUGGAAUUUCUGUUUAGAAUGUAGCUUCUCUCUUCUGCAGCCAUCUGAAUUAGGACACAAAUGAGACACCGAAGACGUUCUAGUGGAGGAAUAGAAGCACUACAUUAUGAGAAGACCAGGUCAAGUGACAAAUAUGCAAUACGUUCUGCCCCACCUACUACGAUAGAAUGUGCACCAGUUCAACCUCAUGCUACAGGGAUCAGUCACGAGUUUGUAGCAUGCAGAGCUCUUUGAACGUUCUUUUCUUCUAUUCAAUAGAGCGUGUAUUCCUUGGAUAGGGCUAGUGCACAGUUAACCUUUGUUAUUUCGUAAUAUUGUGAUGCAUAAUACACUUAAAAUGUCUGGAUUCUGCUGGUGGCGUACUUGGCAUGAAUUUAAGCAUUUUAUCAUCAGGUUUUCUCGGAUUCAUUUCUAGCAACUAUUCUAGAUGCAGGAGUCUAAUUCUUUUCCUUGAGAAACCGAGGCUUAUUGCUACCA